UAUCAUUUGAGAACAAAAUAGGCGCGGGAAGUCACCAAAUCGGGACCAGAAAGAAAAAGAAUGAAACAGAGAUAUCAGAACUCGGAAGUGGGGAAUAGGAAGUGAGAACACUGAAAAGCCGACCUCACGAUCCAAAGCGACGGACGCCAUUAUUAAUUGGAUGCAGAGGAGAGCGGAAGAGCAGCAGCAGCAGCUGAAAAUGAUGGUUAUUCGCUUCUGACGAUUCUCGAAUGGUCGUACAAUUUGCGGAAAGUGGAAGAGAAACGGAGAGAUCGAAAGAGCGAAACGAAGAAUCAAACGAUCUGGUUCUGGCAUUUUUCCUAAUUAUUGGUAUUUUGCAGUAGAAUCAAGGGAGGACUCUCUCCUUUGAGUUGAAUUUGUUAAAUUUUAAGAGUUUGGGGACGGUUAAAUGGGGAGCUAUAAGAUGUUAUCCUGCUUUAAUAGGAAGUUCGAGAUCGGAGAGGCUGAGCUUCAGAUUGAACCUCCGGAGGAUGUGAGAGCUGCCUUCAACGAUUACUCCGAAAAUGGGAAUUACAUGACAGCCGGGCUGCUCCAUCGUUUCUUGGUUGAGGAUCAGGGCGAGGUCAAUGCGACAAUCGCCGAUGCGGAGUGUAUCAUUCAGAAGGUUAUUCAACAACGACACCACAUUACUAAAUACGCUGGGCAUAUGUUCACUCUAGACGAUUUCUUCCAUUUCAUCUUCUCUGAUGAUCUCAAUGCCCCCAUUAAAAACGAGGUUCAUCAAGAUAUGACUGCUCCAUUGUCCCAUUAUUUUAUAUAUACAGGCCACAAUUCUUAUCUGACUGGGAACCAACUUAGUAGUGAUUGCAGUGACAUCCCAAUUAUGAAGGCACUGAAGAGAGGUGUAAGAGUGAUUGAGCUGGAUAUGUGGCCAAAUUCUUCAAAAGAUGAUGUGCAUGUUCUUCAUGGAAGGACCCUGACUUCUCCUGUUUCACUCAUCCAAUGCUUGAGGUCCAUUAAAGAGCAUGCCUUUUCUGCAUCACCAUACCCUGUCAUCAUUACACUUGAAGACCACCUUACUCCAGAUCUUCAGGAUAAAGUAGCUGAGAUGGUCACCCAGACAUUUGGAGAAUUGCUGUUCUACCCUGAAUCAGAGUGUGUGGUGGGAUUCCCCUCACCGGAAGCACUAAAAUAUCGGAUUAUUCUUUCAACCAAGCGACCAGAGUCUAGGAGUUUCCAGGACAAAGAAAGUAACUCACAAAAAGUUAAACAUAUGCCAGAUGAAGAUCUAGUGGGUAAGAUGGGCUCAGACCUGAUGGCUGAACCUGAAUCUACUGAUUAUAAGAGUGACUCUGAUCCUCAAGAUGAUGAAGAUAUGGAUGAAUGUUAUCGUUAUGCACGCCAGUUUGGAGCGCCUCAAUACAAGAGUCUAAUUACCAUUCCUUCUGGGAAACCUAAGGGGAGUUUGAAACUAGCACUAAAAGUAGAGCGCGAUAAAGUUAGACGUCUUAGUUUGAGUGAACAAGCAUUUGAAAAGGCUACAGUAUCUCUUGGGACUGAGGUUGUAAGGUUCACCCAAGCAAAUAUUUUGAGGGUAUACCCAAAGGUUACACGUGUUACCUCCUCAAAUUACAACCCACUAAUGGGAUGGAUGCAUGGAGCUCAAAUGGUUGCAUUUAAUAUGCAGGGAUAUGGAAAAUCACUCUGGUUGAUGCAUGGUAUGUUCAGAUCCAAUGGAGGGUGUGGUUAUGUUAAAAAACCUGGUUUUCUGAUGAAUGUUGGCCCUCAUAUCGACAUUUUUUACCCUAAAGCAACAUUGCCAGUUAAUAAAACUUUGAAGGUUAGAGUCUACCUGGGGAAUGGAUGGUGUUUGGAUUUCAGUCAAACACAUUUCAGUGCAAGCUCCCCUCCAGACAUUUAUACAAGGGUAGGCAUAGCAGGAGUUCCAGCAGAUUCCAAGAUGGAGAAAACCAAGGCAAUAGAGGAUAACUGGAAUCCUGCUUGGGAAGAAGAAUUUACUUUUCCACUAACAGUUCCAGAACUGGCUUUGCUUCGAAUUGAAGUACAUUGGUCAAUGAAAUUUAGAGAUGACUUUGGUGGACAGACAUGUUUGCCUGUUUCAGAGUUGAGGCCAGGGAUCCGUGCAGUCCCACUAUUUGACCGCAAGGGUGAGAAGUUCAAGUCUGUAAAGCUUCUUAUGAGAGACUUCGAAGGGCUUACUCAUGGCAUAGUCUGGAGACUCUAGACAUCAUUUUUCUGCUCAAGAUGAGUCGACUAGAUUGAGGGAGUGGAAUGGCUCAUCUAAAUGGAAUGAAAAGUUUAAUUCUGAAAUGCCUUCUACAAGCUGGAAGCCUUCUGGCUCUGAAGGACAGCCACAAAA